GCGAACUGCAGCCACGGGCGGUUUGACGAGUCUUCACACGCAGUGACGGCAGAUCGGUGGCAGGAUGCAUUAACACACUGACCGAGGGGCUGCGAUGACGAGACACACUCCAUGAGGAUGGUCGGUAACUGCCACAGAUCUGGCUCUCUGCCGCUGGAACAAAUCGGCCGGUCUGCUCACAGAGAGGCUCUUCAGAGGCGCUGAGAAACAGACCUGACGAUGGGCAGCAGGAGGACCUGGUUGCUCUUGAUGUGGCAGCUGCAGUGCCUUGCAUCGGCAGCCACAGUGAUCCAACCACAUCUGUCAAGCAAUUUCUCAAACAAUGGAACCUCAAAGAAAGACGCUCUGGAGAAUAAGUCUGACGCUGACCUCCAGCAGCUGCCCGUCCUUGAGUUUAGUCUCCGGUCUGGGACUCUGAGACGAACCAAGAGGGAGUGGGUCAUUCCAGCCAUCAAUAUUCCAGAGAACACCCGUGGUCCGUACCCCAAGUUUGUGGUGAAGCUUAAAUCCAACAUGGGUGAGAAGGUGGCCAUUAACUAUAGGAUCUCAGGACCGGGUGCAGAUCAGCCACCCGAAGGUGUCUUCACUGUGGACCGGCGGUCUGGGGUGAUGUACGUGACCCAACCACUGGACAGGGAGAAAAAAGACAUGUACAUCAUGAGGGCCCAUGCACUGAAUGAAGGAGUGCAAGCCGAGGUGCCCAUGGAGCUCAUAAUCAACAUCAUCGACCAGAAUGACAACGCUCCAGAGUUCACUAUGAACCCUCUGAUUGGCCUAGUGAGCGAAAGCGCCAAAGCUGGUGACUCUGUUAUAAAGGUAAUAGCACUGGAUAAGGACGAUCCACUCACGAGCAACGCCAUAAUCAGGUAUAGAAUUCUAUCUCAGAUGCCUAAAGUGCCUCAUGAGGACAUGUUUGCCAUCAACCCAGUGAGUGGAAUGAUCAGCCUGCAGGCCAGCGGGCUGGACAGAGAGACUCACCCAAAUUACAAACUGGUCAUAGAAGCGGCGGACAUGGAGGGGGAGGGGUUAACGGCCACCUGCACUGUUGUCAUCUUCAUCGCUGACAGCAACGACAAUCCCCCACAGUUCACAGUCAAGUCUGUGUCCACAUCAGUUCCUGAGAAUGAGGCAGGAGUGGAGGUGAUAAGACUGAAAGUCACUGACAAAGAUGAGCUGGGAUCUCCGAAUGCCAACACCAGAUAUUCAAUAAUCAAAGGCAACAUAAGAGGUGAAUUCAACAUCUCUACAGGCUCUAAUAAAAUGGAGGGAAUCAUCACAACAGCUAAGGGUCUGGACUUUGAGUACAGUCCCACGGUCACUCUUCUGGUGGCGGUAAUAAAUGAGCUGCCGUUUUCUGAGCCUCUGUCCACCUCCACGGCCACCGUCACAGUCAGCGUCACGGACGUGAAUGAGCCUCCAGUCUUCGUGCCGGCAGAGGUUCAUGUGAGCGUCUCUGAGGACGUGGCGGCACGAAGCUCCGUGGUCGACCUCGCAGCCACGGACCCGGACACCGCCAGGAGGCAGACUGUUCGGUAUAAACUGUACAAUGACACUGCCAGGUGGCUGAGUAUCGACAAAAGCACCGGAUUGGUCACAGUCAGAAGCAGCAUGGACAGAGAGUCACUUUAUGUCAAAGACAGCAAGUACACAGUCCUGGUUUUGGCUUUUGAUGAUGAUCCAGUUCCAGCUACAGGCACGGGGACUCUGGUCAUCAGUUUGCUGGAUGUAAACGACAACCUUCCCUUCCUGAAGCAGAGGAAAGCCAGUCUGUGCAACCAGAACCCUCUACCCGCCCUCCUGGAUGUGGUGGACCUCGAUGGGCCUGGCCACGCCGGACCGUUUACUGUGGAGCUUCAUGGAGAGCACAAAAUCAACUGGACCGUCAGCACCAACAGCUCAAGUAAUGUUGCUGCUCUGGCUCCCAAACGAGACUUACCCCCCGGGGACUACAGCGUCCUGAUGCGUAUAUAUGAUGUAGGGAUGCUGUUCCAGGACAGCACCUUAAACGUAGAGGUGUGCCACUGUGAAGGUGAAGUUUCCACCUGCUUCAUCCGGCGCCCUGCCCCUCAAGUCCACCCCUCUUCUCUGGCUGCAAGAGUCCUGGGAGCCGUUUUCGGUCUCCUGUUGGUGCUCCUGCUUCUGUUGUUGCUGCUGAAAAAGAGAAACAGGGUGGAGAAGGAUAGGCCUCUUCUGGAACAAAUACCCAGAGAUAACAUCUUCUGCUACGACGAGGAGGGAGGAGGUGAAGAGGACCGGGAUUAUGACCUUAGCCAGCUCCACAGAGGGCUUGACAACCGGCCCGAAGUCUUCUGCACUGAUGUGUUCCCUUCUGCCCAGAGGCGGCCAAACUACCGCCGCCAGAUCCAAGCGAAUGAGGAGGUCGGGAAAUUUAUUGAAGAUAACCUGUGCGCUGCAGACAGCGAUCCCACUGCUCCUCCCUACGACUCCCUCCUGGUGUUCGACUACGAAGGUGCUGGAUCCGAUGCGGAUUCGCUGAGCUCCAUCUCCUCCUCAGACUCCUCGGAGGAGCAGGACUUUCAGAGCGUGAAGCAGUGGGGUCCGCGCUUCAGGAGACUGGCAGACUUGUACACGGCGGAGGAGGAGGACGACGACGCCGAAACGCUGCCCGGCAGAACGGAAUGGGUCUGAGAUGGAUCUGUAAUGAACUUCAGACCCUCGAGGCUUGUCUCCGUCUGCCCAAGAACAUCACAGUGUUCUGUGAGCCCGUUCUGCUUCCUGUAAACCUGCCUUUACCUUCCAUAAGUGGUUGCUUUGUCCGUCUGUGCUCCGUGUUGAUGAUUUGAUCUUGGGUCCACUACAGAGGCUGCAACAGCAACUCAAAAUUCAACAUUUUCAUUUUUACUUCACAGUAUCGAAGCAUUUAUUCAGAGGCAAUUUCACCCGGUUUCAUCAAUUUCUCUGACAUCUGUAGGAUGAUAAAUGAUUUCACAGCGAACGUCACUGGUGUAUGGACUCAACAUUUGUGCCAUCAAAGGUUGUUAAGAUUCUUACAAAGACGGUCUUGAAAAUUGUGGACAACCAUGUAUGAUAAAACAUUAUUUGUUACAGUU